AGCGCAACCAGCGCCGAUAACCCCACACGCGCACACGGGCGCUAGCGCCGCACGCUUCGAUCAGCGAACGCCACCGGUUAAAUAUUCUACGACGAAUUCGGCGAUAAUUGAGAUACGGGUGCGUGCGAUUAUAUCAUUUGUACGGGACGGAGGCUAAACGCAGUUCUGCGCUGGCGCGUAAGAGACGGCGAGACGGAUGAGAGAACCUCGCCUAAGAAUCGGCAUUCUCUCAAUUCGUGGCCUCCGACAACGCCGUAACGGUUCGAGUGCAGUCAAGGGAUCGUCCGCAUCUCGCGAGGGUCGAGUUUGAGUGAAGCCAUCAUCAUAAUCAUCACCAUCAGCGUCAUAAUCAUCACCAUCAUCAUCGUAAAGGGCAGCUUCUGACGUCGAUCUCUACACGCGGGCAUUUAAACGUGGACCGCUGCUCACAGACACGUGACUAAACUUAAUCUCUUACCUUUAUCGGUUUGUCUUCUAAGCUAAAAGAACCAGAUAUUAUUUGAAGCCAGGUAUUGUUUGACACAGACACACGUAUAGAAAAUACGUGCAACAAAACUGGGCUUGGGAUAAUCAGGGAUAUAUGUGUGUGUGUGUACUGUGUGGCUGGAUAACUGCGGGGAGAGACACUCGAGAGAAUUUGCGUUAAAUCUGAGCACGGUUAUUAUUUAAGCCGAGAGCUUUCGCGCGUGGCGUACACACACACACACACACGCCGCUACACAACACUGCCACGCAGACAAAGACACCGACAACACAGCCUCGACACACCGCGACCGACACGCUAUCUAGUGAGACAGGAGAGAGAGAGACAGAGAGAGACGGCUAAGAGAGGGAGAGAUUGAGAGAGGGAGGGAGGUGGAGAGAGAGAGAGACGGACAGAGAAGGAACCUCCAUCGCCACCACAAGCCUCGCGGCGCGCUUCUCGUUCACACGUACCGCGCACAGCGCACACGAGCACAGUCUAUCGUAGCGAGGUAGGAGGGGAGAGUGCGAGAGAGAGGGGGGAGCUGAGAGAGCUGAGAGAGAGGAGAGAGAGGGAGGGAGGGUAGGAGAAAGGCACCAACAGCGACAGCAGCAGCAGCAGCAGCUCGCGCGCGUGCGCAUCCCCAUUCACUCCGCUCGCACCGCGCCACGCACAACACCCCGACAAUGAACUUCUUCCGUCUCUUCGAGAGGAAGAAAAUGAGCUGCCCGGUGGCGACGCCUGCCAAGGGCAAAGCGACGGCCAAGGGAGGAGCCCCCAAGGCCCCCGAGCCGCGGAACAAGGAGCCGGUCAAGGAGACGGCGCUUUCGCUCCCGACGCCUCCUCCACCACCGCCGCGCAGGCUGAGCGAGGACGAGCGACGUAUCGUGUGCGAGUCGUGGAGAGCCUUGCAAGACGACAUCACUCGGGUCGGGGUCAUCCUGUUCGUAAGGCUGUUCGAGACGCACCCCGAGUGCAAGGAUUCCUUCUUCCAGUUCCGCGACAUCGAGGAUGUGCAGCGGCUUCGGCUGAGCAAACAGCUGCGCUCCCACGGGCUCAGAGUGAUGUCCCUCAUCGAGAAGACCGUGGCCAGGUUGGAUCAAGACGCCGUUCUGGAGCAGCUGAUAUUCGAGCUGGGCCGCAAGCACUACAAGUACAACGCUCCUCCCAAGUACUACGAGUUCGUGGGGGCUGAGUUCAUAUCGGCCGUGAAACCUGUGCUGGGAGAUCGGUGGACUCAGGACGUGGAUGACGCAUGGCAGGCCCUCUUCAAGUACAUCACGACGAACAUGGAGCGCGGCUUCAGGGAGGAGGAGUCCGGCUUCGUGCUGGGCAAGGUCGCCGGCGGUGACAGCGUCGGCGACAAGCACGGCAGCGCCGUGGACGAGGCGGCCCACGCAGCGGCCAAGAUCAACGCCGACGCCGACGCUCAAGAUACGGCGAACUGAGCCGAGGCCCCCCCGCAAAAACCACCAACACCCCCCCCCCCCACCACCACCACCCCACCAUACCCCACCACCACCACCAUCCUCCCGACCACCCCCACACCCCCCACCACCACCCCAACGCCAACCCUGACACCGCGCCGGUAUUCGGUCCCACGCAGUUUUACGAGUGCCGGUAACGACUUAGGGCUUGAAUAUCUGACCGAACUUUGUUGUUCUUUGUCGUCGUCGUCGUCGCCUUUAACCGUGUCUCUGCCGUGUGACCGGAGCGAGUCGGCACGCGACGAGUGGCCGCGGCCACAGCAGAAGGUUUACUGGACGCGGUGUCCCGGCGGGCAUAACUGUUGUUCGUGUCGCUGACCCUUGCUGGCAUGAAGGACGGGGAUGUGUGGCCGUGGGGGUGGGGGGCCCGCGUAUUCAGGGAUUGCGGAUUGAGUGGACCCGGAGGGGUUGGCAUUGUUGGACCUCGAGGGGGGCAGGGAGGGAGAAGUACAGAGCGUGGGGGGGGGGGGGAGGAGGGGGGGAAAUCGUCGAUAAGUUGUUCGAGCAAAACAAUAAAAACACAGCCCAGCACCUCGCGCACGCAACCUGACCGGGACAACAUCGUCAGGGGCUGCAGCCAUAGCGUCGUGGUCCUACUGUUGACCCUUUUUUUUAACAUCGGCAACCAUCAUGCAAAUUGUGGGCACGUGCGCACCUACGAGGGUGAGUCGGAAAAUGUUUCCCCUGACCCCGCGACACAAUGUCGUUGGCACAGGGCCCUGGUACAACGGAUUGAUGAGGCCCUCCUCGCUGUCAAAUGACCCCUCCUUCUUCUUAGCCCGGUACCUGGGCACCCUCCAGCCAUCCCAUUCGCCGUGUUGCAGUUACACAGCCUGCACACCCGAUAUUCUGUGCCACGAUCAUCGGCAUAAAACAGUGGCGCUGUGCCAGUGAAACUCGGCACAGAUGUUGCACGGGAGCCCUGUUCUAUGUCAACCCUCGCUCAAUGGGAGGUCGCUCCUGCUCCUCUGCUGCCCCCAAAGUCUGGACUUCCUGCUCCCACUCCCUAUCAUCCGUGUUGCGGACUCCCUGCCACUGUUCCACUCCCAAGGCUCAAGACAUUCCUUUUUACCUCUGCCUAUGAUUCACUUCCUCACUCUACUAAAGAAAGAUGACGACUGUUUCUGUAGAUUGUCCUGAGAUUCGGUCAUGUUUAGAUGAUAUAAUUGUCCACGUUGUGAUAUAUGUAGGUUCUAGGCCGUGCCAUCCAUUUUUCCCCCAGAAAUGGGAGAGUUUCCUGAUGACAUUUGAGUCAAAUAGUAGCCAUGUGCCUGGCUCUUUGGCCAGGUUGUGGCCCAGUAAUAGAGCCCAACUGCACACCAAUUAUUGCAACUCCUGUAAGAGAUAGUCUCGGAUAGAUAUACACUUUGAAAUGCCCCCGUCCCCAACCACCCAAAUACUUAAUGAAAAACUAUGUGCCACAUGUUUACCAAGUUUCACUGUCACUCAAUGAAUGAUCGGAGGAGGGGGGGUUCGAAACAUUUGACCUCCUCGUAACUCCACUUUAGAUGAUCGUCAAAACCAGGGACGGAGCACCCGGCAAGUCGGAUAUUCUUCCAGUUCUUGUUGUAAUCGGGCACCCCUGUACAGAAUAACACACCUGGGGAGUACAGCUGGCUUUAAUGAGCACAGCCAAAUGUAGCCAGCACAUGGCUGGCA